ACAAACUGUUUCCUGUUAUUUUAUUACAUCUUAAAUUGGUCCUGUAAAAUUUUCAAAAACUGGGGCCACGUUUUUGAAUCCCUUGAGUGUAGAUGAUUGAUAUCUAAGACAGAAGAUGACCUGUAUUGUGUGAAGUGAAGAGGAACAGAGGGUGGACUGGUAAUCAGACCACUGAAAUCAAUUUUAUUUAUAAUACUUUCUCACCUGAACUCAAGAUAUUUUUUUAAACUUCCUGAGCCCGCCCCCAUGGGUCGACCUGUAAGAUCCACAGGUUGAUAAGAGAAGUUUAUCAGUGCUAUGAACAGAUUUUAUGUUUUUUAAAGCUACUGUUGUGUUUGUAUUCAGGUCCUCAAAGGUACACAAAUACAGGAGUGUGAGUGUGUGUGCAUGCGUGUGCGUGUGUUCCGGCCGUACAUUAAUGCAGAAACCUGAACCUCACACACACACACACAGACACACACACCUGUGUGACAUUUAGGCAGGUAUAAAAGCCUCUCUGCACACGCUCAGAGGCAGACGACUUCCUGACAUCACCACGGUAACGCUCACCUGUUGAACUGAACCAGCACCUGUCUGACCUCAUAAACAUGCUCACCAGGAACGUUGUCCUUCUCUUCUCCCUGUUGUUUGUGUUGGUGAAGGGAGACCUGGACUCCAACGAUGCAGGGAUCCAAGCCAUGUCAACAGAUAAAGACUCAACGUCUGAUGAAGCUCCAACAGAGAGCAUGAAUGCUGUCUCCCCUGAUCAGCCUGAUGAAUCUCAGCUUAAUGCAGGAGGACCUUCAGACUCCAGCAGCAGCUCAGAGACUCCAGAUGCUCCAGCAGCCAAUCAGGUGACGGCUCCAGAACCUGCUGCUGCAAACAGUGUGGAAGAAGAUGAUGACGACGACAACUCCGACUCUGAAGAAGCAGGCCAGAAAAAGAUCAGCUCUCGUUCAGCCAAACCUCAGAGCCCCGCCCUUCCACCUCAAAGCCCCGCCCAGGUCAACCAAAGCCCCGCCCAGAACCAAAGGAGCCUCGCCCCCAUUCCUCAAAACCCCGUCCAACCCAUUGUUCCACAACCAAAGUCUGCAGUGAGAAACCGAUCAUCCAAGAGGAGGUCCAGGACUGGACGCCGCCAGAUCUAAAAACAAACAUAGACGCACAUAUAAACAAACAAACAAACAAACACACAUAAACACACAAAGAGACAAACUGUACAACGCAGACACAGAAACACACACGUGAAGAUACAUAAACAUGGACACACACUAAUGUGUAACAAACGCACAAACGCAUCUAAAACCAUCAUCACACAUGUUCAGACACACAUAUGACACGACAAAAACACCAACACUUACACGCAUGUUCACAGUCUGCGUGGGCGGAGCCUGCCGAGGCCGAGGCAUCUGAUUGGUCGUCUGUCUGACUAAUUCUAGAUUUGUUCACCUCAGUCUCUGCGUUCAUUGUUUAAUGAAAACUACCGACCUGAGCAGAGCCCAGACGUUUAUACAUAUAUAUAUGACUUUAUAAAUUUGUGAAUUUAUGAAUGUGUGAAUUUGCAAGUUUAUGAAUCUGUGAGUUUUUAUCCCGAUUUAUGUCUGUGUUUUUAUUCACGUAUAAUGUCAUAAAUGUAAACCUGCCACACACAUGUUCACGUUUGUCAUUUUUAAUAAAGUUAAACUCUGAA